CUUGGCAGCGUGUAUGUGUAUACUAUAUGCAGGGAUUACAAGUCCUUCGUUCGCAUUUUGGUUAAGUCGAAGCCCCGACGACUGCUGCAAGGCGCGACAACAGCUACCAAGCUGCCUUACCUAGCUUUACUAUUGUGCCUUCUUGGCGUCGCCAACGUAAUGGCCCAGCAGUGCAGCACGUCGGGCAGGAUGCCCACCGUUUUCCUUCCGCAUGGCGGAGGUCCCAUGCCCGUCCUAGGACAUCCUGCACAGCUGUCCCUCGCAACAUACCUGCGUGGAAUGGCAAAAUCCCUACCCAAACCUACGGCUAUCCUCUCCGUGACUGCACAUUGGGAGGCGGACAAGGUGAUGGUGAGCACGUGCCCCAAGCCCUCCAUGCUGUAUGACUAUUACGGCUUCCCUCCCGAGUCCUACCGCCUUCAGUACACCGCUCCCGGCUCCCCAGCCGUCGCCCAACGCGCCCUCGCACUGCUCGCUGCUGCCGGCAUCCCCGCCGCCUCUGACCCGAGCCGCGGUUACGACCACGGCACCUUCAUCCCCCUCAUGCUGGCCUUCCCGGAGGCAACGGUACCGGUGGUGCAGAUGUCACUGCUGAGCUCCCUGGACCCCAAGGCCCACCUGGACAUCGGCGCCGCACUCGCCCCGCUGCGUGACGAGGGAGUGCUGAUCGUGGGCAGCGGCCUGAGCUUCCACAACAUGGGCGUCUUCAUGCGGAACAUGGGCGAGCUGACGGGCAACAAGUUCAAACCCAGCCAGGACUUCGAUUCCUGGCUGCAGCAGGCGGUCACGGGCAGCCGGGGCGCUAAGAGGGC